CUUAGAUCAAGCUGCUUGAAGCCGUUCCAAAAUACAUCCACUCACUCCCUUCUUCUACCCGAUCUCUCUCUCUCUCUCACACACACACACCGCCAUCAUCUUCAUCUGCUGUUGUUCAAAAUCCGAAACAGUGCGAAUUGAAUGCGGACGCGAGAGAACAGAUACUUCCGCUGUCUUUGGAGCUGGACCAGACUGGUGUCCAUGGAGCGGUCGCAGGGUCUGGUGAUGGUGGUAGCUGGGUGGAUGUGAACCGUUCCUGUCGAUCUUAGCCGACAUGCACCGAGUCUCUGCUGACACCGGCCCGGCUUUAUCAUGCUGUUCAGACUCUUUGCGAGGAGAAUGCGCUGGCUGGGUUGCUAUCGGCUGGGACCCAUGUGGAAAGCGCUCCUGGUGUUUGUGGUCAUCGCCUUUGCAGGCCAACUCCUGGGGGUCCUCUUCAGUAAAAGCUGGGUGCAGCCGGAGCGGCCUCGCUCUCUGUUCUCUCUUUCUGAGAAUGGUCAAGGGCCUCCUCUGGGUUCCUGCAGGCCUCAAACACACAUCAUGUUCCUGAAGACCCACAAGACCGCUAGUAGCACGGUUCUCAACAUGCUCUACCGCUUCGGUGAGGAGCGGGGCCUGCGUUUUGCCCUUCCAAUGGGCUACCAGUUUGGCUAUCCACUCCCCUUCAUAGCCCAGAGGGUCAAAGGGUACAGAGGUCCCCAUGUAAUCGAGUUUGACAUCAUGGGAAACCACAUGCGCUUUUACAAGCCAGAGGUGGAGAAAGUCAUGCCUGCAAAUACUUUCUAUUUCUCCAUUUUACGUGACCCUGUGGCAUUAGCAGAGUCCUCCUAUGCUUAUUACAAAAAUGUUGCCCCUGCCUUCCGACGUUCAAAGGGACUAGGCGACUUUGCAGAUAACCCGAACAAAUACUAUGACCCUCGACUGCGCAACAACCACUAUGCCCGCAACCUGCUGUGGUUUGACUUUGGCCUUGAUCACAAUGCUAACUACUCCUUGGCUCUUGCAAAGCGUGGUGAAGCAGCAAUACGACACAACUUUCAACUUAUCCUUUUGUCUGAGUACUUUGACCAGUCUAUGGUGCUGCUCCGACAUGCUCUCUGCUGGCCUCUGGAUGCUGUUGUGUCCUUUAGUUUGAAUGCCAGACAGCAGAUAUCUAAGAGCAGGUCAGGCUGGGUGGGUAAGGCAGCUGCUCCAGCAUCUUUGCAACUGACAGAAGAGCAGCGCCAGAAGCUGCGUGAGUGGAAUGCCCUUGACUGGCACCUAUACCAAGCCUUUAAUAGCACUUUCUGGGACAAGGUGGAGAAAUUUGGCCAAGCGAGGAUGCACACUGAGGUAACCUUAUUGAGGAGUAGACGUGAGGUUCUGUCCCGCGUGUGUCUGCGCGAUGGAGGCCGGCCGGUUGAAGCUAGCCGCAUUCGGGACAGGGCCAUUCGUCCUUUCCAGAGUGGCCUGGUGAAGAUUUUGGGGUACGAGUUGCAGCCAGGUCUGGACAAUGCCACAAGGCAAGCUUGUCUACGUAUGAUUAGGCCAGAAAUCCAAUACAAGGAUCUGUUGGAUCUUCGACAGUUUCCGCGUGCCCAGCAACUUCCAGGAGCAGCAGUGGCUGCAAAUAGGUUUGCUGUUAAGAAGCGUUUGUCAUCUUAUAGGACUGGACAGCAUGCUGGAGAGUCACUGGAGAGGGAUUGGGAUGGAAGCAUACUGGUCCGUAAUCAAUCCCAAGAACAUGUGGACAUUAAGGGAAAGCUGAGAUAGUGAGUGAAAUAGCCACACUUGUUUUCCUGAUUUAUGGCUUCACUGGGCCUCUACACUGCACUAUUCAGAGCCAGAGUUAGAUCCUAACUUGUAAUGCUUGCUCGGCUUCUGAACCCCUCUUCAUCUUACCCUUUAUAGGUAUCAUGCAUUAUCAUGUGACUAGGAUGUCAGUGUGUAAGAGCACUGUAUUGAGGUAUGCAGUGGUACAAGUACAAUGCAAAUGGCCCCAGUAUACAGCAGGGAGAAUGAUGCAUGCUGAGUGAUGUAUGACGCAGCUCGUUUACAUCAUGGUGCAUGGUGUCCAAUUCUUCUGCUGCUUUACUUGAGCUGUGGUGAUACAAAAGCAUUUUAAAUGCUACGCUUUGUCUCUCACUCCCACAAACACAUUUUGCAUUUCAUUUCAUGAUUCCUCCCACAUGCAGACAAUUUGGCAUUGAGCCAAAUAACACUUUUCAGAUUGACAGUGCUUCUGUGCCUAGUGACAGCGCUGAAAUAGAGCAUAAAGCCAUCAGCUGGGUACAAAUACCACUAAAGCAGAAUCAUAGUUCCCUUACUGUCUGGCACAAAUCUCAGAAAUAAAUGCAAUGAAAAUCACUGACGUUGGUUUGGGGUCAGCAUUUGAUUUAUGAUCAGUACAUCAGAGUAGUAGUCAGCUUUGUAGUGCAGGACUGCAUGAGGAAGACACAGUUUGGAACACUACAGCCCUCCUUCUGCAUUGGUUACCAUAACAGGGCUUGUCAUGGCCAAGGCAUUGUAUCAUGGCACGUAUUAUAUAAGCUAUAUAAAAUGUCUCUAAUUGAUGACACUGAAAUAAUUUAGCAUAAAUUAAAUGUGUUAAAUUGUCUGUUUUUGGUCCAUCAGAUGGAGUAGGCUGUUCUGCUCACUCUAUUCUACCUCUUGACUCCUGUCAGAGGUGUUUUUUUUCCUUUUUAUCUUAUUUAUGUUGCAGUUUUAAUACGUGUCUAAAAUGGUAUUUGUCUUUCCAGAUGAGUUUGGAAUAGAAUCAUUAGUAAAGACUUGGUGUACUUAAACAUUAGUGUAGUAUAACCAAUAAUAUCAGUUCUGCCUUUCAAUGGAGUUGUGUGGGGUUUUAUUUAUAUAUUAUAUAUAUAUUUUAAAUGACAGUGAACCGAUACCACUUAACAGACUUGAUGUAGGUCAAUUUGUGCAUGAUUAUGCUGAGGUUUUCUAGUGAACUUGGAGUGACCGAGAUGAAUACUUUGCAAAAGGUGAAUGUUAACUGAAUACAAGAAAGCUAGAAUGUCUGUAAAAAUAAUCAAAUACAUAUCUUUUGUUCAAAACUAAAAUCCAAAAUUUAGUGACUUUGCCUUACUAUAUGAAACACAUUGGAACAGGGCUUAAUUUAGUGCUUGUUGUAUUCAUGUUGUUUUCCUUCUAAAAACAAAUCUUAACGUAUUUAUAGUUUUCUGAAAAUGCAAGUGUCUCAGUCUUGUGGUAUGUAGAAUGAUGGUAUAUAAAUUUACAAUAUGAAUUUGACAAAUGCACCGUACAGCUUGAUAAAGCUGAACAUAUUAACGGGUCGUUCAGCGUCCAUGUUUAAAUUUAUAAGUUUAUAAUUUAUCAGCUCAAGCAUAAUUAUUAAAGCAGAACACUCCAUGUGUAGUCAUAAUUAUAGUUAGUGAUGUGUAGUGUGUAUUAAAAUACUUUGUGCAUGUUUCUAAAUAGCAUUCACUGACACCAGUGUUUAAUAGGAAUCCAGAUUCAUCUCUGUUAUUGUCACACUAUGUCUUGAUUUUGUAUUUUGCUACUUUUCUAUAACAAAUCCUCUUGACCUGAGGGCAAUAUCUAUAAGGGAAUGCUGGAAUGGGAGAAAAAUCAAAAAAACAUUUUCUAAUAUAAAAUGUUUGUUAUAGAAAUUUUUUUCCCAUAUUCUAAAUUAAUAUUUAGACCUAAUGUUUUGUCAAAGAUGGCAAAUAGUAGGGGGGAUUGAGAGUGUGUGCCAACCUAUACAGACACUUAUGCCAGCAUACUGCAUGAUGGAAAUGAAGCUAAACACCCAAUUAAGACUUCUUGGUCUCAAUCAAAGCUUUGCAUAUUUUAUAUUCACAAAGCUUUUACUGUAUAGGGGCUGCCAUUUGUUGAUUAGUAAAUACAGAAGUCCCUAAGAGACUUGGGGAUUGAAAGAAAGCAAAAUGAUUUGAUUUAGAUGUCUCGCUGAAAUUCUCUCGCUUUUUUUUGAUAAGUCUGUAAGAAGCCUUCAGGUCAGUUUGCCUGCAUGUGGCAUUGGUUUUGUACCGACAUGAUGGCAUUCCAAAAAAAGAGAGAGGGAGAGAAAUGGCACUGUAUACAAAACUGCCUUUAUUACUGGUCUGCUGGUGUUUCCAUUUUUCCGUCUACACCUGUAUUAGAUUGCUGCUCUGUCAUAAUUCAUCUCAAGAGUAGAAAUCUUACAAAGAUGGUACACAUAAGAAAACUUGAAUUUACAUUUACAUCUCUGAUGCUAUUUCAGUUAAAAGGUACACCAAAGAGUUGCCGAUAUUUUUUAAGUUAUGAAAUACAGAACCUGUGACUGUGAAAAUGAAAAUUCUAAGCUAUAAUUGACUUUUUUCCUUCAAAAACUGUUGCUACUGUAUCUGACAAACCAACCCCCUAAGGCACAGGAAGUUAAGAGUCAUUGGAGAUUGGACGCAACUGACACCAAACAAAAACUUAACAGGGAGAUGUCUAAGAAAUAUGAAGCAAGAAAACUUUGCUGACCAAGCAAUCUUUACUCAGUACCAGAAUCUUAUGUCUAUGCUGCAAAUUCAAUGUAAUGCUGACACUCUGUCCUAAUGUUUUACAUGAUAGUAAAUUUACAAUACUGUAAAUAUUCCAU